AUGGCGAAUAAAGUGCAUACGGGAAUUAUCAUCGAUCCAAGUCAAUUGUCAUCGAGAGAACCUUCGAAACAUCUCGAUGAAUUGAAAAGGUACAUAGAUUCGAAGAGUUGUUACUAUUCUGGUCCUUUAAAUCACGCACAAAUCACGAAAAUCGAAAAAAAAGCCGCUUAUCAAUGUCGAAUGAAAAUCCUCUUCGAAAACCGAGAGCUCUCUUGGACAAAGAAAGCGACGAAAAAACGAAUAAAUCAUUCGAUUCAACCCAUCUUUGACAUUUGGCUAGAUUAUCAAUUUCAACUACCGAUUUCCGCGGAGAAAAAGUCCGAACAAAAACGAUCUUUAUCUGAACAUGACUAUACAAGCAAUUGUGAAGUAUGUCAAGGAGAAGGAAAUUUAACUUGUACUAAUCAUCGUUGUGUCAAUGGCUCAGAGAAAUGUUUAUCAUGUAGUCAAGGAUUAAAAUCAGAUGGAACUCGAUGUUCGCUUUGUAAAGACGGAUUAAUCAUAUGUAAAACGUGUAGUGGAAAAGGUCGAUUACAAUGUACGAAAUGUGAAGGUUAUGGAGUGUUUCUCCAUUCGGCUACGUUACGUGUCUGGUGGGAAACGCGAGUGUCGAUGUGGUACUAUCAGGAUUCGUUUUUACCUGAGGACAAAAUCGCGCAUGUGAACAAAGCUUCGAUGUGGUCGAAAUCGGAAACGCCGUGGACGAAAGAGUCAGCAAUAGAAGAUUUCGUUCGCACAAUCAAUGAGGAUAAUUCGUCUGUACCGUUGAAGAGCAAUAUAGUGCGUGAUUAUAAAGACAAACAUUUGAAUGAAACCAUGAAACUAUCGAAUCAAAUGCGCCGAUUAGAGUGUGAUAUAGAACGGCUGGAUUUUGAAGAGAUCGAAUAUGUGCUAGAAGCGAAAUAUACAAAUAAGAAAGAUUUUUCUCGAGGAAAUCGAUUUCGUUUUUGUCAAUAUUCCGAUGCUCAAGGACGUCAUAUAAUCUAUGAGAAUGACUACCCAUUGAAUAGCUGUGGUUGUAUGGGCGGUUGUUGUGCAUGUUAUAACUGUUCAUGUGCAAUUUUAUAA